AUGGAAGUGGAACAGCCAGCAAAGAUGCCAAGCAAGAGCACCAAAACCUCCACAGCAGCUCCUCGGCAAGGCAGAGAGCCCUUAGAGGAGUCCACCACUGACAUAGAAGUGGAAAACGAAGGUGACAGACAGCGUCGUGAAGCACCUCCACAAGCAGUCUCAGAUGAGGUGCUUGAUAAUCGAAGUUUAGAAGAGAUUUUGGGUAGCAUCCCUCCUCCCCCACCUCCAGCAAUGACCAACGAAGCUGGUGCUCCUCGUCUCAUGAUAACUCAUAUUGUAAACCAGAACUUCAAAUCCUAUGCAGGGGAGCAAACUUUGGGACCUUUUCAUAAGCGGUUUUCAUGUAUUAUUGGGCCAAAUGGCAGCGGAAAGUCCAAUGUCAUUGAUUCGAUGCUUUUUGUAUUUGGGUAUCGAGCACAGAAAAUCAGAUCUAAAAAACUCUCUGUGCUGAUCCAUAAUUCUGAUGAACAUGCAGACAUCCAGAGUUGUUCUGUGGAAGUCCACUUCCAAAAGAUCAUUGACAAGGAAGGAGAUGAUUACGAAGUCAUUCCUAACAGCAAUUUUUGUGUAUCUAGAACUGCCUAUAGAGAUAAUUCCUCUGUCUAUCACAUCAAUGGAAAGAAAAAGACAUUCAGAGAUGUUGGUAUUCUUCUUCGAAGCCAUGGAAUUGACCUGGACCAUAAUAGGUUCUUAAUUUUACAGGGGGAAGUUGAGCACAUCUCUAUGAUGAAACCGAAAGGCCAGACUGAACAGGACGAAGGCAUGCUUGAAUAUUUGGAAGACUUAAUAGGAUCUGCAAGGCUAAAAGAUCCUAUCCAAAUUCUGUGUCGCAGGGUAGAGAUUCUAAAUGAGCAGAGAGGAGAAAAGUUAAAUAGAGUUAAAAUGGUAGAAAAAGAAAAGGAUGCGUUGGAAGGGGACAAGAAUAAAGCCAUUGAAUUUCUUCACUUGGAAAACAAAGUAUUUAAAGAGAAGAAUCAUAUCUGUCAAUACUACAUCCAUGACCUAAAGAAACGAAUAAACGACAUGGUGAUGCAGAAAGAAAAAAUUAAUGAAGAAACAAAGGAGGUUAAUGAGAAGAGUAGAAAACUUGCAGAUGACAUGAAAACCAAGAAUAAAGCUUUGAAAGACCUUGAGAAGAAAAUCGGUAAAAUUACAAAGUUCAUAGAGGAAAAUAAAGAAAAAUUUACUGAGUUGGACUUGCAGGAUGUUAAAGUAAGAGAGAAUCUAAAACAUACCAAAAGCAAGGCUAAAAAACUGGAGAAGCAACUUCAAAAGGACAAAGAAAAGGUAGAAGAACUGGAAAAAGUGCCUGUCAAUAGUGAAAAAGCUAUCAGUGAAGCCACGUCUAAGAUAGAACUCCUGGGCAAGGCGAAAGAGAAGGAGGAAGAGAAGCUGCAGCAGGUGAUGGACAACCUUCGGGAGGAAACGCGAGGCCUGCAGGAAGAAAAAGAGAGCAAAGAGAAAGAGCUGAUGGAGUUCAGUAAAGUGGUGAAUGAAGCACGUUCAAAGAUGGACAUAGCCCAGUCGGAGCUGGAAAUCUACCUCAGCCCUCACAACACUGCAGUGGCACGGUUGAACGAGACGAAGCAGGUGCUGGUGACUACGGCAGAAACUCUUAAGGAAAGGAAAGCUGCUAUUAAAGAUCUAGAAAUAAAACUACCCCAAGCUGAACAGGAAUUGAAGGAGAAAAAGAAUCAGCUUGAGAAACUGGGCAGAGAAGAACUGGGUACUAAGAAUCUCGUUCGAAAUCUGCGUCAAAAAGUAGAAGAAGCCAAAAGCUCGUUGGCACUCAGUCGCAAUCGAGGAAGAGUGCUGGAGGCUCUGCUGCAGCAGAAGAAGUGUGGAAACAUUCCUGGACUCUAUGGAAGGCUGGGAGAUUUGGGAGCUAUCAGUGAGAAGUAUGAUGUGGCCAUUUCGUCGUCCUGCGGCGCCUUAGACAACAUUGUUGUCGAUACCAUUGAUACUGCACAAAAAUGUGUGAAUUUCUUAAAGGCCAAAGGAAUUGGAGUUGCUACAUUUAUAGCCCUGGAUAAA